AAUAGAGCUACGUGUACAGACAGAUCGACAAAAUGAAUCAAGCAAAUGUUGAGAAGUUAGUUUCUAGGUUAAGAUACAAAGUGAGACCAACGCCGCGCAAAUUAAAGAACGUACAAGGCCCAGAAGGAAGACUAAACAAAAUUAAAAAAACGUUGACCGCUUUGGUUAAAUAUGAAAGAAUCGAAUUGAAUUAUCCCAGGGCGGACGAAACGAGAGGCUACGUCGAGCUAUUGAUAUCGGAAGCACUACGCCAUGGGCCUGAACACAAAGAAACGAUGGAACUUGCAAAUUUUUGGAUAUUGGAAAAACAGCUCGUCCAUAAACUUUUCAAGGUUCUUGUACCAAGAUUUCAAGAUUGCCCGACUUCCUUUACGAAGCUCCACAGAGCAGCAGUUAUAUAUCCCGGAUUUGGGUAUAAAAGAUCCGUGUUGGAAUUAAAAGGGAAUGUGUAUCCUAGUAUAGAACAACAUGAUCCGUAUCAGCAUAAUUUACUUCAUAAUGUAUUACUCGAAGCAGCUAGAAAAGAAUAUCGAAUGGAAAAAUACAAAGAAAUUGCUGCAAACAUAGAUUCAUCAUAGAUCGUUAAGUUGAUUUGAAAAGAUGUAAUGGAUAAUGUUCUCGAAACUCUGUAACAUGUUUUUCCAUAGAACACGAUUGCUUUCUAAAAUAAAAAAAAAAAAUACAUUAAUAACAGGAAAAUCAAUCGCGAAUGUAUAUUA